ACAAACAUCAUUUACAUUUCAGAGCCAAGCUCAAACAAUGACAUUCUGUGCUCUUUCCAACACCUUCAUCUCUCCCUCUUUCCCAGUCUCUCAUCCACAUCGAUCCAAAUUCUCAUCUCUCAGAUUUUCCAUCUCCAGAUCUCAGCCUCUGGCUACCCAGUUGAGGAAAACGAUAUCAGCAACACGCUUUACAACGUUUUGUUCUCUGGAUGCUGCAAAUGCUCCAAAACAAGACACCCCAAUUGAAUUCAGGUACCCUGCAUUUCCAACAUCGUUGGACAUCAACAAGAUUCUGGCAAUUCUGCCACACAGGUUUCCAUUUCUUCUAGUGGAUAGAAUGAUUGAAUACAAUCCUGGAGUUUCUGCAGUGGCCAUAAAGAAUGUAACAAUAAAUGAUAACUUCUUUCCUGGACAUUUUCCAGAAAGACCAAUCAUGCCUGGUGUUCUCAUGGUUGAGGUGAACACUGUGCUGAUUCCAGGGCCAACCCUCUCAUAUUCCAUUUAUGUGACUUGUCUUCUGGCCUGCAUUCAUUUUAUUAUGCGAUGGCCCAAGUAGGUGGCUUGGUUAUGUUGCAGCCUGAAGUUGGAGGUUCCCGUCAGAAUUUCUUCUUUGCUGGAAUAGACAAAGUGCGAUUCAGAAAGCCAGUGAUUGCAGGAGACACAUUAGUUAUGAGAAUGAUACUUAGUAAACUGCAAAAGCGAUUUGGAAUUGCAAAGAUGGAGGGGAAAGCAUAUGUUGGAGGUGAAGUUGUGUGCGAGGGAGAGUUUUUGAUGGCUACAGGAAGUGAAUAACUAAGACAAACCCACCCCAAAAAAAAAAGUUGAUUCUGCUU